GAAUCGUUGGAAGUAUCACUCUUUUCGGACCUGUUCUUGCCUAUGUCCUGGGAGGAGUUUUCACAAGACUAUACAUCACACUGGAAGACACUGGCUUGUCCCCCCUUGACCCUCGCUGGAUAGGAGCCUGGUGGCUUGGGUUUCUCGUCUUCGGCAUCACAAGCAUCGUCACCGCUGUUCCCCUGGUUUUCUUUCCACGACGACUUCGACCACAGCCCCACCUGGCGGCUCUGAAGGAAGAGCGGAAGCGUGCAGCCAAGGGCAGACAAUGCACAUAUGGCAUCAUAGAAUUCCUACGAAGUGUGAUGCGCGUGCUGAUGACCCCUGUCUACACCCUUGUGGUGCUUGGAUUGUGUUGCCUGGUCUUGGGACAAACCGGGUUGUAUGCAUUUCUACCCAAGUACCUUGAGACCCAGUUCUUCCUGCCCACGUGGAAGGCCAACGUUACGAUCGGCCUUGUCAACCUAAUGGCGAUGUCACUCGGCACGCUGAUUGGCGGUUACGUCACGUCACGCUUCAAGUUUCCGCCAAUGACGUGCUUGAAGGUGAUGGUGAUCCUCAAUGCAGUUUGCACUUGCCUGUCUGUAAGCGGCUUUGUCCUUGGUUGUGACCAGCCGCACAUUGACACUGGCGUGACGUCACACAGUGUGAUGAACACAACACAGCGAUGUCAGUCGAGCUGUCAGUGCGAUGACUCGCCAUACUUCCCUACGUGCGGCGCAGACGGCGUGACGUACUUCUCGCCAUGUCACGCGGGAUGCUCCGAGAACAGAGGGACUUUCUACGGGAACUGCUCAUGCAUAGAAAUGCCCAAGAAGACAUCACAACUUGUCCCAGAGGCUGUUCCUGGACUGUGCGCCCAGAGGUCUUCUUCUUAG